AUGUUUAUGCAUUUCUUCGUCAUAAUAAACUCUUUCUUGUACUCCUCCAUCAUUGUGGUCUGCUCAAGCAAUGAUGCAACCACCACCACCACGACGAGGACGAUUGCCAUCACAAAACCUCGUAGGUUGGUCAUUAAACUCAUUCACCGUGAUUCGAUUCACUCACCAUAUUAUAACCCUGGUGCCACCACCUUGGAUCGUGCUAGGUGGGCUACAGAAAGCUCACUAGCACGCUUUGCUUACCUGAAGGCAAGGAUAGAAAGCGGAUUAAACACCACAAAUGAUGUCCGAGGUGUUGUUAUCCCGAUUGAUACUGGCGUAGAAUUACUUCUAAAUUUUUCUAUUGGAGAGCCACCAGUUCCGCAACUAGCGAUAAUGGACACCGGCAGCACCCUGACAUGGGUUCAAUGCCUCCCAUGUACCAAAUGUUUCAACCAGUUACACCCCAUUUUUGAUCCUUCAAAGUCAUCCACGUAUGUAGACAUACCGUGCAAUUCUGCUACUUGUAAUCACCUCAAGUUUCAUAGUCAAAUACAAUUUCGAUGUGAUAGUUUCUCUCGUUGCGGUUAUAGACAGCAAUACGUGGACAACAGUACAACAGCAGGAAAUGUUGCCUUUGAAAAGCUUACAUUCAUGACAUCUGAUGAAGGCACAACAAGUUUUCCCAGCAUCUUGUUUGGCUGCGGACACUCUAAUAAAAUCUUAGCCGGCGAAUUAAGUGGAGUUAUGGGACUCGGCUAUGAUGAUAUAUCUUUGCCUUCUCGAUUGAGUUCUAAAUUCUCUUAUUGCAUUGGCAAUAUAGACGAUCCUUACUAUAAUCAUAACCGGUUAAUCAUUGGGGACGGAGCUUAUAUUGAAGGCUAUUCAACACCAAUUGCAGUGCGUUACGGCCUAUACCAUUUGAGCGUGGAAGGCAUAAGCGUGGGAGAGAAAAGGCUUGACAUCAACGUUGAUCUAUUCGGCAAAGAUGGGGUGGUGAUCGACUCAGGUACAACGGAUACUCUUCUAACAAGGAUUGGGUUCGAGCCACUUAAAGCCGAGGUGCAAUCCUUGAUAGGUGGAUUGCUGACAGAGGAGGUUGAUAGCAAGAACCCCGGGUACCUAUGUUACAGGGGGGUUGUGGAUGAAGACCUUAAAGGAUUCCCAGUGGUGACAUUUCAUUUUGCUGGAGGGGCGGACUUGAUGCUAGACAUUGAUAACAUGUUCCGAAAGACUGACACUAAUAUGUUUUGCAUGGCCAUGGUUGAAAGUGGCUUACCCAAUCAGAUGAGUAUACUUGGGAUUGUUGCUCAACAGAAUUACAACAUUGGUUAUGACCUAAACAAUAUGAAACUUUAUUUCCAGAGAAUUGAUUGUGAACUUCUUGUCGAUUGA